UGCACCCGCUGUGGCAGAGCCCGCUGACGAUUCCCGGGGGCACCCGCCAGUCUCCCAUCAACAUCCAGUGGAGGGACAGUGUUUAUGAUCCCUUCCUGAAGCCUCUGAAAAUCAGCUACGACCCCACCACCUGUCUGCACAUCUGGAACAACGGCUACUCCUUCCUGGUGGAGUUUGAUGAUUCUGCUGAUAGAUCAAUCAUCGUUGGAGGCCCCUUGAAAAACCAGUACAGGCUGAAGCAGUUCCACUUCCACUGGGGAGCUGUCAAUGACUGGGGCUCAGAGCACACAGUUGACUGUAAAUUUUACCCAGCAGAGCUGCACUUGGUGCACUGGAAUGCUGUGGAGUACCCGAGUUUUGAGGAAGCUGUGAUGGAAGGGAAUGGCCUGGCUGUUAUUGGAGUGUUCCUAAAGAGAUCCUCCCCUGCUCCUGCUCUGGAUUGUUCUGUGGUUCUUCAAAUGCUCUUUCAGUGCCUUGCAUGAAUUAGUAAUCCUGGGUAAAAAUUCUGAAGAACGAGGAAGUGGGAAGCAAAGAAAAGUAUCAGGACUGAUCAGGUCCUUUUAGGGAAUUAUUUGAUGUUUGGCAAGAGAGCUAGAAGGGAACUAGCUUGUCUCAGAGACAUUUUACCUUCUUCCUUUCUCCUUGGAUGAGAGGAGAAGGACAAAAAUGACUUCCAGGAUCUCUUUGCAUUCUGUUGGCUGCACAUUCCAUGUUUGAUGUGGGUGCCCACUAUAAUGACACCACGAGCCAGAAGACAUUUACUAAAACCUUUUAACAACUGUAGAAGCUUUUGGUUUUAGCAGCUUUUGUUUUCCUGUGUUAAUAAUCUAUCAGGAGACGGGAGGAGAAGAGAAUUCAAUAGUGUCUCAAGACUGGCAAGAACAGCAGAUUGGGUGAAAAUGUCCAAUUGAUCCCAGGAAACUGAUCACAUCAAAGGAAAGCAAGAUUAGAUAAAGCCCAGCUGACCCUCCUAGUGGGAUCAGGAGGGCAAAACCCCAAACCAAUUCCUCAAACCAGUGCCAGGACAGUGUGGACAAAACACAGCACUGAGAAAGGGUUUUAUUGAAAUAACUCAGAGCACUACAGCUCUCUUCAGUUUUCCUAUAAAAACACUUACCCAGCCUCAGUAUUUUCCUAUAAAAACACUUACCCAGCCUCAGCAGUGGGGACCAGUUUGUUUUUAUUGCACCUUAUGGUGACAAGGUCCAGUGGGGUUGGGAUUGAUUUGUGGACCAAGCAGAGCUGCUGUGUGAGCCCUUCCCAGGAGCUGGGAUCCAGCAGCCCCAGGGAUCACAUCACUGACCUCUCACAUCCCACUAAACCUCAUUUGCUCUCUGGCCUGUAUGCUCUGCUGUAUUCAGCAGAUUAAAUUCCUGCACCAGAUUUCUGAUGAGGAGCAGCUCUGUGUCAUCUCCAUGGGUUGUGUUUCAGGAAUCUUUUCAGGAAUUUUUCCUCCCUCUGUUUGAUUCCUGGUGGGAUUCAGUGAAGCCACAACCUGGCUUGGCAAUGCUAAAUCCAGUUUUCCAAUUGGUACUUUGGUUUUUUCGAAGUAUCCAGUUUCAAAGCACCUUAACACUUUCCAGUGUGAUUUCCCUGAUGAUUUUAGGGGUUUGAGAUGAUGUUGUUGAAGCAGUUGAGUGCCCAGAUCCUGCCUUUCCCCCUUCAACAGCUCUACCUCAGGCUGUUGUUCUGCCACAGUUGUGCCUCUGUCCCUGCAUUCAGCUGAGUGGCUCUGGGUGCUGGAAGGAAGGAAAUCUCCCUCUAUCCCAGUGCAGGAUGUUUUUCCAGUUGGGAAUUCAGUGGAACUCUUUGGUUUCACCACUUCCCCCAAGCCCUCCCUGCCUGGGGAACAUUUCCAUCCUGGUUGUGCCAUCUCCCUUUGGAUGGGGCUGGGAUUGUGCUGGGAUUGUGGAAGGUGUCCCUCCCAUGGACUGGGUGAGCUUUCAGGUCCUUUCCCACCCAGACCAUUCCAUGAUUUUCUGAUUCCACCAUCUCAGUUGAAUUCUGCAGGCUUUGCCAUCACCACUCAGAUUUUUAGCUCCAAAAUCACACCAGUGAUGAUUUUGCUGGAGAAUGAUACAUUCCAAAACAAAGCUGGAAGGAAUAUCUGCAGUCCAGGGAACAGGAAAAGAAUAAUUUUACUUUUUGCCUGAAUAUAUAAUAAUUAUGAUCCAGUCAUUAAGUCUGAGGUAUUUAUUCAGUGCUGUUCUGAGGAGGACCCUGGACAAAAAUGGCAGCAGCUCAGAUAUUUUCUACUCAUUAAUAGAAAAAAUUGUAAUACAAAGACAUCUUAAUGUUGCCUUCUAUUUAAAACCAGAGUUGCCUCAGCACCACUGGGCUGUAAGUGCAUCAAUCUCCUUAUCAUUUAUUAAUGGAUCUUUUUAAAAGCUUUUUAUAAAUGCUCGGUUUUUAAAUUGCUUUUGUAAUUUCCACUGAGGUUUUGGAUUGCUGUUAUCCACUCAGAAGAAUAGUUGAUCCAGCUUUCCAAACAAACCCAAAAACCAGAUUAUUUAGGGAACUGCCAGGGUUUAACUGUUUAACUCCAGCUGCUCUGGAAUCCUGCAGCAGCCUCUCCAUGCUUUGCUCCCCUCAAUCAGAUUUUCCUCCUGGAUGUGUAAAUCCCCUUUGAACCACCCUGCAUCCAUCAGGGGGAGUGUGGGAUAUUCCCUUCCCAGUGAUGCAGUUCAAGUUCUCAGAGAGAUUUAUUUGAAGUUCUCACAGAGAUUUGCUUUGUUCAAGUAUUGCCAUGGAAGCUUUGUUAGAGGAUAGUGAAUUUGAAUUACCAGUGAUGCAGUUAAGCUGUGUCCAUAUUUACAUCAAAUCACACCUAUUUUUACUGACAGAAAAUAAAGUAAUUCCAAUUAUAGCACUGAUCACUUCAAAUAUCUGAAAACAGGGUUAAUGUAGAUAAAAAAAUAACUGUAAAGAAGUUUUACAGGGUUUUACCUUUUUUUUUUUGUUUUUGCUGUUUCUUGAGUCCUGCAUUUAUGUGUAGUGUUUGAGCAUCUCCUUAAGGCAGGCAGGAGCUCAGCUGCAGGGCACAUUGUUGGAAUUAAUCUAGAAAUGAAUGUACUGAUGUUUAUUUGUUUGGGGUUUCUUUUUUCAGUUUUAAACUUUCCUGUUACAAUGACUUUUUUGACCUUGUGAAUGUAAACUUUAGGAAAAUAAUGGUGUUUAAAUCAAGAGAUGGGAUAGAAUUCCUGUGCCUUAUUCUCUCAGUUCUGUGUGGAAAGAUGAUUUGAUUGUUGGGUUAGGGCUGAUUUUGCACAAUUGAGUUAAAAAGGAAUUUUUGGGCUCUUUUGGGUGGCACAAUACAAAAGGGUCAAAGCACAUAUUUGUAUUUUCCUUGCAUAAGAGUCACUUUAUUAUAAAUACUGCCCUGGGAGGCAUUGCUGGGGCAGCAAGGAAUAGGAAUAACUCUGUCACAGGAAUAACUCUGGGACAGCUCCCUGCCAAGGCAGGAGGAGGAUGAGGAGGUUUGGAGCUCUGUGCUGGUCUCACCCCAGCUCUCUCAGGAUUCCUCUGCUCUCACCUUGUCCUGGCUGAGACAACGUCCUUGCUGUUGGAGUGUUUGAUCCCCGCUCCUGCAUUCCAGAACUUUCACUCUGCAGGCGUCCCUGCCCACCUUGGUGCUGCUUUUCUGUCAGGGAUCACAGGAGGGUCUCCCCUGGCUUUGGGAGCUCCAGAGCUGGAGUUUGCUUUGAUCUCCACAGGGUUUUAGAGGACUGGAAUUCAGCUUUGGGUGAAGGGUCCCCUCAUGCCUUAAUUUGGGAUGUUUUAACUUGUAUUUCCUUUUGUUUUGUGCAUCUUGUUUUUGUGGCCUUUAUGACAUUGUGUAUUUAUUGUGUGUUACCUGCCUGACCAUAACAGAAAUCAGUCUGCAGACAACACCUGGAGCAGGGAAUGCUUUGUUUUCCUGGGAUCCAGGCCCUUCCCCAGAGAUUUUCCCUGAUGUAUAGAACCCUUCAGCUGCUGCAUUUGACACUGUUACAUUAGUGUGCAACUACAAUAAAGGAACAGAGAAACCCA